UUCCACACACAAACGCCUUUACAACACUUGUUUGCUAUCUAGCUUCAAUCGAUUCCAUUCCUUCUCUCAAUCUGCCGACGAUUCGAUACACACAGUGAUGAUGAUGAAGAAGAACUUGUUGCUGGUGGUGAUCGUUGUGAGCUCAGUCGUGAUUUGCGAUCAGGCGAUGAUAUUCGUCGCGGCGGCGGAACCAAGGUGUGGUGCUUUCAAGAAAGCGGUACAACCCUGCAUGGCCUAUGUGAAGGGGAGCUGCGAUGUCGUCUCUCAAGCGUGUUGCGACGGGAUCAAAGCCCAUCUAGCCCACGCCAAAAAGAAGCAGCAGACGGAUUCCUGCAAAUGCAUCACCGAGUCGAAAGCUCGAGUUCAGAGUGUUGCCGACGCCUGCGGACUCUGAAACUGCUCGUACCAGCAUGCAGCUGGCACUGAUGAUCGACUGGAUAACAAGUAAUAAUAUCAAUCAACACCACGAAUGCUGGCCUAGACCCUGCAUCAUUCAUGCAUGCGCGCGUAUAAUAUAACGUUAGAUGUAUU